ACUCUCUCUCUCUCUCUCUCUCUCUCACAUAUAAUCAUCAACAUCUUCUUCAUUGAAACCGAAAGAUGCUGAGCAGUAGUAGCCCUGAAUUUUCACACAAGUCCCUGAAGAUCAAGCAAGAUGACAAAUUCUUCUCCAGGCUUCUCUCCAAGGAGACAAACCCUUCGUUCAGAGUCUACUAUGGAAAUGUUUCCGGUGCAGUCCCUUUUACAUGGGAAAUUCAACCUGGUACCCCAAAACACAAUUUUUCUGACAAUUCAGUCCCUCCACUCACCCCUCCUCCUUCCUACUACACCUCAAACCACCAUGACCAUGAUCACAAACCAACAAAAAGAAGAUACUACCCAAGAUCCAACCUCCUCUACAAUCUUCUGUUGAACAUCAAUCUCAUCAAGAAAGGACACAUGGCAUCAUCCUCCCCCUCGUCUCUCUCAUCUUCUUCAUGGUCAUCUUCAUUAAGCAGCAGUGCUACAUCUUCCAAGGGUUACAGGUCAAGGCGACGCCGUUUCACAAGCUGUGGUUCUUCCUUCGAUGAUGGACACAUGUACGGUGGUGGAUCUCCAGAUUCAGUCAUGUGCUUUGGGAUGAAUAACAACAAGAGCAGUAGCAACAAUAAUGGUGGUUCGUAUACGGUUGUGAUCAUGAAGAAAGCUUUCUUGUCGAUUGUGGGCCGUAGAUCUGGAUAAAGGUACUAAAACACCAUGCAAAAGCUUUCAAGGGAUUGAUUGGAUCCUUUCUUUUCCUCCUUUGUUUCUCAACAAUAAAAACCAUUCUUCCCAAAAUCUUUCCAUCUCAUUUCUGUCUGUCUAUAUCAAUCACAAAAAAACACAUAACAUGAAAUUGGGGUGAAUGGAAUUUUAGGAUAACGGAUUUUUGUUACUUUCAGUGCCAAAUCUUGAGGUGGAGCAAAAUGUACAAGUACAAAAGUGACAUCAGAAAAGGUCUUGUUUAGCUUCUUAAUUAAUGGUUAGGUUGAUUUGGGGUGUUUGCAAUUGGUGUGUAUGUGCAGUGACCCCUACUACUAGAAAUGGGAAUUGCAUUUCAUAAUUUAAUUUGCAAAUAAAUGUAAAUCUUGUUCCAAGACUUUAUUGUUUUAUGAUUCACUGUACAUGUAAAGUUUAAAUAAUUUUAUGGUUGAUGUUCGAACCGGUUUAU